CAGAAGUAUUACAUACUGUGAAUUUAAUCAGGAAGCAGAAAACAGUUUCAUCAUAAAACUGGUUUGCUUUUCUUUUAUUAUUGCAAAUGAAUUUAUAGUUUGCACAGACAUGACAAACAUUAUAACUAGCCUCCCAAUCUAAACACAAGCUAGAUUUGAUUUGUUAACACAUAAUAAUCCUGCAUUUAUUUUAUUGUGUUUGCAUAUAUGUAGCAGUCAUAUGAUACCUGCUUAACUCUAAAUUAUUUUCAUUCAAGAGUGCAUAGCGUGUACAACAAACACUAUGAUGUCCCUCUUGUCUAUAGUGUGAUACCAUGGAUUGCUGCCUGCUGCUGUUUUCAAAUGCAGCCACUAGAAGGUGCCAUGCAGCCACUUUCCCUUCCCAGGACGUCAGCUAAUCUAACAAUGAAACAAGAGCAGGCUGCGAGAGACAACGACACUCUCAAAGUGAAGAAGACAAGGCAGCAUUGUUUUAUGGGGAAGGCUACUUUCAUCUACUACAUGAUGAGAUCAGAAUCAUCUUGAGGAUCAGCUGAAGUCUCCUAGAUCCAUGAAGACCCUUCAGAUGCGCAGAACAUUUUGGAUGCUCAAGGUGUGCAACAUUCCCUUGUAAUUGGGCUCGGGUAGACUUGCGGAACACAAUGCCAUGGUGGUUUAGAAGUAUAAACCAUACUAAAGGAGACACGUUAAGGUCUUGUUAGUUUGCGUCAAGACCAACCAAAUGCCGUUUUCCAAUGUAAAAAUGCAGCGUGAUGAAAAUCCAUCAGAAAAGACUCAAUCUGGAGGACAACAGCCAGGUAUUUUGUAUCUGGACCCUUCAUUCAUAUAUACAAGAAAAAUCUUCAGGGAUCCAAAUAUCUGAAUACAAAACAUGAUACCAAGAUAAGAGUCCUUGGCAGUAACCCUAACCUGUGUUGAAACGUCAUAAAAAUUAAAGACUCUGGAAAUAUAUUCUAGAUAACCUAGAACACUUAACAUUAGGUGUCACACAGAUGUUCUGUAGCUUCUGGACCUCACCUGAUGCAUAUGCUCUAGUGCUUUACUCUGGAGGACUCUGAACCAACUACUGACCUCCACGUCAAAACCUUCAUCAGAAUUUGGAAUGCCAAUAUACUAUCACUGCUUGUUUGAGGAUAUUGCCCAAGGCAUGAUAAAUCUAGAUAGCUAACAACCUGCCUUUGGCAGAAAGAAAGUUUAAUCGUGGGCAUUUAAUUAGAGUACCAGAGCCGGAAACAAAUGUGUUUUGUCUUAGUUUUUAUCCAUGGAUCUUAAGAAAAACACAAGAAAUAAAUAUAGAAAUGAAGUGAUUUGCAGCCAUGCCUCUGUCUGACAAGCAAGAAGAAUGUAAAAGUACAGCUAAAAACCAAGAAAGAUUGAGUAUGAAAAUCUAUAAUCAAUACAACAGAUGCCAAGACAAUGCAAGAGCUACCUUUGCUUCCGGAAGGGAUCAAACCUUAGCGGUUCCAGCCUGGUGAAGACAAAGAAGUGAUUGCUUUCUGUAGCAGAAGUAGAAAGAGGAGCUCAAAAAACUAACUAUACAGAAGCACUUUUCUGCAUAAAAGGAUGUCCUGUGAUUACAAUUUGGAAAGUUAAUUCAAAGCACGAGGAUGUAAAAGGAAAAGAAGCAAUCGAUAAAGGGAACCAGUCAGAAAGAUGGCUAGACUGCAAGAUCAAUAACCUAUUUCCCCAGUCUGGGCAGCGGAAAUUGCGUACUAUCAAUAGUAUAACAGAAUGUCAGUUAUCUAGUCCCGUGUUCUGCUGCCACACCAACCAUUAACUUAGCAAUGACAGCCUAUUGAUGUCUGAUUGCUCAAAUGGCUUUUAGUAAAUGACAAAUGGUUUACACUAGGACUGUGUAACUGCUUGGGAAAAAGAAAUCCGGGACACAAAAUGGGCACGUGAGAGAACAAUACAGAAAACUGUAUUUCUAGCAAUACAUGCUACCGCUGUGUUUCUACAAGGCAAUAUGACUUUAAAUACAACCAGUAUGGAUGGAGAAAUAUUGCUUGCAGAAAAGGAUUCAUCUUUUCGCAUCUUAACAGGAUGUUUCCUUUCUGUUUUAAUACUUUCAACCCUUCUGGGAAACACAUUGGUCUGCGUAGCUGUCAUCAGGUUUCGUCACCUGAGGUCAAAAGUCACAAACUUUUUUGUGAUCUCUUUAGCAGUGUCUGACCUUUUAGUGGCAGUGCUGGUCAUGCCUUGGAAAGCUAUUGCUGAGAUUUCUGGCUUCUGGCCUUUUGGCUCAUUUUGUAAUAUAUGGGUAGCUUUUGAUAUUAUGUGCUCAACGGCAUCCAUCUUGAACCUUUGUGUCAUCAGCGUUGAUAGGUACUGGGCCAUCUCAAGCCCUUUUAGAUAUGAGAGAAAAAUGACCCCAAAAGUAGCCUUUAUCAUGAUAAGUGUGGCUUGGACUUUAUCAGUCCUAAUAUCUUUCAUUCCUGUGCAGCUUAACUGGCAUAAAGCAAAGACAACUAGUUUUUUUGACCUGAACAUUACAUUUCAAGGCACUGCAAUGGAUAAUUGUGAUUCCAGCUUAAAUAGGACAUAUGCAAUUUCCUCAUCUCUUAUUAGCUUCUAUAUACCUGUGGCCAUUAUGAUUGUAACCUACACAAGAAUAUACAGAAUAGCGGCAAAACAAAUAAGACGCAUCUCAGCUCUGGAAAGGGCAGCCGUGCAUGCCAAGAACUGUCAAAACAGCACUGGCAAUGGAAGUAGCAUUGAUUGCCAACAACCUGAAAGCUCUUUGAAGACCUCAUUUAAAAGGGAAACAAAGGUUUUAAAGACUUUGUCAGUGAUCAUGGGAGUUUUUGUAUGUUGCUGGCUGCCCUUCUUCAUAUUAAACUGUAUGGUGCCGUUUUGUGACCCCAGUGUCUACAUGCGUGGAGCAGAACCUUUCUGCAUUAGCUCCACCACAUUUGACAUUUUUGUAUGGUUUGGAUGGGCCAAUUCUUCAUUAAAUCCCAUCAUAUAUGCUUUUAAUGCUGAUUUCCGAAAGGCUUUUUCAAACUUGCUAGGCUGCUACAGGCUUUGCCCUACAUCAAACAAUGCUAUAGAAACAGUUAGCAUAAACAAUAAUGGGGCAGUGCUCUACUCAUGCCACCAAGAGCCCAAAGGUUCCAUUCCUAAUGAGUGUAAUUUAGUUUACUUGAUCCCACAUGCGAUUAUCUGUCCUGAAGAGGAAGUCCUGAAAAAAGAGGAGGAGAGUGGCUUAUCUAAAAGUUUAGACAAAAUGUCUCCAGCAUUCUCUGGUAUUUUGGAUUAUGAUGCAGAAGUCUCACUAGAAAAGAUAAAUCCUAUCACACAGAAUGGGCAACCAAAAAGCUGAAUAGUGUAUAUGAGGUUGUGAGUUAUUUGAUGCUUACCCUAUGAACUAUGGAGCUAUUGGACACCAUUGCAGAGCAUUAUUAAUAAAGACAUGUGACUUUUAAAUAGAUUUUUAAAGAUGCAUUCCAAUGUAUUUUGUAUAAGUGUUUAUUUUUGUGCUGUUCACAGGGAAAUAAGCUUAUUGAUAGGAGGCCAUUAGUAAUGUUUUCAUAGAUGGUGCAUACAGUGUAUACUGUAUUAUGAGAAUGUGUCUUUGUUUAUUGUGCAGACUUUCAGAAGAAAUAGACGUAUUAUACUGACAGCAUGCAAUGGACAGAGUCAAUAAAA